AAAUAGUAAGUGAAAGACAGUGAGAGGCAAUGAAAGAUGAUCAUUCCUAUAGCUCUAAUUGUGGUAUUCGCUCAUAUUUUGGGUGAAUUCCUGGUCACAGAUGGCGCAGUUUGGCGCAUACCACUCUAUAGGACUAAAAUACCCAUAUACAAGCGUGAGCAGCCGACAGUCCCCAAAAAGCCGCCCGACUACUGCCAGACAAGACUCUGUCCGAAAGGCGUACGGCACAUUUGCUGCAAUGUCAACUUUUGGGGCGACAACUGCCCCAAGCCACGAAAGGGUAUCAACAUGAAUAUUCACGGAGCCAAAAUCCUGGCGGCGCACAACGUGCUGCGCGCCUCUCUGUCGGGCUCGCCGCAACGGCUGCCCAAGGCCAAGCCCAUGCCGCUGCUUCGCUGGGACAAGGAGCUAUCCACGGUGGCCAUGCGCGUCACAAACUUUUGCAACGCUGAUGAGUUUGCCAAAUGCGUGAAUAUUCCACGAUUCUUGAAUGUGGGGCGUACCUCGUACACCUUCGAGACUUCGGAGCAGACAAUAUCGUCGUUCAUAUACGUCAUCGAUAAAUUCUUCAAGAACAGCUUUGCGGAGUUUCCCAUUGAACUCGUAACGAAAUAUGAGGACACGGGCAACGCGUCACACAGGGCAUUCGCACAUCUGGCCUACUACAAGGCCACUAAAAUGGGCUGCGGCAUGCUGGUGCACAAGGUGUCCAGCAAUUCCACUGUUUAUGUCACCUGCCUGUAUGACAAUCAGGCAAGGCCGAACCAGAAAAUAUAUGAGCUUGCGACCAGCACGGGAUAAGUUGCGGCCGAGAAAUGAAUUCAAUAAUAAAAUAACAAACAAAUGCGACAUUUGUUUAGCCAGGAUUUAGAA